UGGCCACCCGCUCCAUGACCAUACAUUCGCCAUUCCGCACUCUGCCAGACGUUCGCCCGCCAAAGCUGCUUCAUCGCAUCGUAAAAAUGGCUUUCAAAGUUGCUGCCAUCGCCGUCCUGCUGACCAUUGUUGCCAUCAAUGCCGCCCCCCAGCUGGACCAGCUGCCCAUGACGACGCCCGGAGUCGGUGAGAUCCAGGCGCCGGUCGGUGGCAACCAGACGAACCCGGGCGAUCUGCAGAACAACCUCAACACGACCGUGCCCGCUAACCCGGCCGAGGGUAUGGGCGGUGCGGAGAACGCCACCAUGCCGUCCAACAUUGGCGGCAUGCCGAACCAGCUCGGCACACGGCUCGCCAACCGUAUCAACCGGGCAAACAACCAUUAAUUAGUGACCUUACCCUUACUGGAGACUGUGAGGAUGCAGAAAAACCCCCAAAACCGAUCGAAAUAAACGUUCAACAACCGCAA